AGUCUCAGAUCAGCAACAGCCUAGUAAUCACCAAGCCGUCUUCGUCGUCGUGGUAGUCUUCGUCGUUCGAACUUCACCUUAUAGUUGGAGUUCGCGCAGGAAGUUCGACGGAGAGCCGACCCGUACAUAGCUAGCCAGCAACAGACCCUCCGGAAAGUUUCACGCACCCCCUAACAAUCUCAGUAUCUACACUUUCUUCUUUCCUGUGGACUCAUCUGAAUCAGAUGAACAAGCGGCCCACAACCUCUCAGGAGCCGGGAGCGUUGAAGCGCCUUCGGGCGGCGAGUCCGUCGUACUCUUAUCUGGUGCUGCUUCUAGUUCUUCUGCUCCAGCCUGAGCCCAACGAAGCGCGCAUCUUGCACAAAAGGUCCAUCAUAGAGAACGGCUGCCGCGGGAAUUACGUACCCACCUUCGAACAAUACUAUUACAAGCUGGACAGGUUUUGCGAGGAGUGCUACCUACUUUACCGCGAUCCCGCUAUCUCAAAGCAGUGCCCGAAAGAUUGCUUCCGAAACGAAGUUUUCAGAGCUUGCAUUCAGGCACUGAUGCUUGAAACACAGAUGAAAGGCAUCGACAAAAUGAUCAACGUGCUUGCCGGUUAG